AGAUGGCGAGCCCCAUGAUAACAACAUGCCAUGUAGCGUGUAGUGUAAACCGGACUCCACACGCUCUCUCCUGGAGCCGCAGAGACUUAAUCGCCUUCGGGACGUGUAACUCAGUUGCUCUGUAUGAUCCACAGGAGGUGAAAGUUGUUGAUCUCCUGAAUAAGCACAGUGGCAGGGUGAACACUGUGCGCUGGAUUUACAGGGAGGACUGCGGUCCAGAAACACAGCUGGUAUCUGGAGGAUCUGACAAUAACGUUAUUGUGUGGGAGGAGCAACAUGGUCAGUUUGCUGCUUCUGCAGUGUGUUCAGGCCACUCGGGUCCUGUGUGUGCUGUCAACGCUGUAGCACUGCCUUCCUCUGACUCGCUGCUCGUCUCUGCAUCAUCAGACUCCACUGUUAAACUUUGGCUGUACAGCAGUGGAAAAGCUGAAUGCCUCCAGACGUUAUCUUUUGGGAGCGGCUUCAUGAUGGAUGUCUGCUUAGCACUGUUGCCAGGCAGCAGAGUGCCCAUUCUAGCAUGUGGCGGAGAUGACAGCAAAGUCCAUUUGUUCGUGCAGAUCAACGGACAGUUUCAGAAAGUGCUCACACUUCAAGGCCAUGAGGACUGGGUCCGUGGUGUGGAAUGGGCAACAAAAGAUGGGGAGUUACUUUUGGCCACUUGCUCUCAGGAUUGUCUGAUCCGAGUGUGGAGGCUGGUGGUUAAAUCCGACACACACACACAGGAGCCUGCUGAAGGAAUCCUCAGGAUGAAGGAAGAUGUGUUUGAGGUGAAGGGGGAAACGUAUGCAGUGAGUCUUGAAACCGUAUUAGCUGGCCAUGAGAGCUGGGUGUAUGGGAUCCACUGGCAGCCAUCUUUUUGCAAAGGUGGCACAGUGGAACAGCCUCUGAGUCUGCUUUCUGCCUCUGUGGACAAGACCAUGAUCCUGUGGGGGCCAGAGGAGGUGUCUGGUGUAUGGGUAGAGCAGGUGCGUGUUGGAGAGGUCGGAGGAAACACGCUAGGCUUCUUUGGCUGUCAGAUGGGUCCCGAUGGUUCUAAGAUUCUGGCUCAUGCCUUCCACGGAGCGCUGCACCUCUGGCAAAGAGAUCUGAGCAAGCAGGUAGAAUGGAGUCCUGCAGUCGUGGUGUCUGGCCACUUUAAUGCAGUGCAGGACUUGAGCUGGGAUCCAGAGGGAGAAUUUCUCCUCAGCGUGGGCUCAGACCAGACUACUAGAGUCUUCGCACCAUGGAGAAGGAAAGACUGCUCACAGGUCACCUGGCAUGAGAUCUCCAGGCCUCAGAUCCACGGCUACGACUUGCAGUGCCUGACCAUGUUGGGACGAUUCCAGUUUGUCUCUGGAGCAGAUGAAAAAGUGCUGCGUGUGUUCAAGGCUCCACGUAACUUUGUGGAGAACUUUGCUAACAUCGUGGGCAUUUCUCUGGAGAAACUUUUGGCUUCGCAUGAUGUUGUAGGUCUACCAGAAGGAGCCAGUACACCAGCGCUGGGUCUCUCUAAUAAGGCUGUGUUUCAAGGUGAUCUUGUGAAUCAGAGCACUCGGGAGGAAGGGGAAAGUUUCAACAGCGUGUCUGACCAGUACAAGGAGUCUUCCUUUCGUCCUCUUAGUCUAACCGAACCCCCUCCUGAGGAUCACCUUCUCCAGAACACGCUGUGGCCUGAAGUCCAGAAGCUGUAUGGUCAUGGUUUUGAGAUGUUCUGUCUAACAUCAGACGCUGCACGAACAGUGGUGGCCUCAGCGUGUAAGGCAUCUAAAGCAGAGCAUGCUGCGAUCCUGUUGUGGAGCACCUCCACAUGGAAACAACUACAAGCUCUUCCAUGCCACAGUCUGACUGUCACUCAAAUGGCCUUCUCCCCAGACUCGCGCUUGCUCCUCGCCGUGUCCCGAGAUCGCACCUGGUCAUUGUGGAGACGUGAGGACUGUGGAUCUGAUGCUUCAGAGCCCAGAUUCUCGCUCUACGCACACACCAGUAAGGACUCAGCAGUACACACGCGCAUCAUUUGGUCAUGUGACUGGAGCCUGGAUAAUAAGUAUUUCGUGACAGCUAGUCGGGAUAAGAAGGUGAUAAUGUGGGGUCACCGUGGCUCUGGAGAUCCAGUUGGCAUGAACGACAGUGCAGUUAUUCCCUGUUCAUCCAUUCUGGAUGUGGGAGAUUCGGCCACCGCUGUGGCUAUCUGCCCUUUCCUUCUCUCUGACCAAAGCUGCAGCGGAUGUGAGUUGCGAGGAUGCCCAGAGAAUGCAGAGAGGAUACAGCAGACGUUUAACGGAUGAUAACGGACAUAGAACGUUUGUUGCUCGGAUAUGUCGCGGAUUUACAUCGUACACGGCGGAAAGUUCAUCCGUUCUAAAAGUUUUGUGCAGCUCAAAACUUUUUGCGCGGAUGAAAUCACAGUGGACGGAUGCUCGAUGGAUAGAGUGUAUGAAGCACGUAUGCAAUGAGUACACAACGGAUGCAUAGCAUUUUCCAACAGAUGGCAAAGAUUUUUUUACGUUUUACAUCCUCUUUGCAUCCGUAAGUGCAGUGGGACCGGGCCUUUAAGGAGAUAUGCAGAAUCUUUAUUUUUAAAAAAAUUUCUGAGUGGAUAGUAUCUACAUCCCUGACUCUUGUAUGCUGCAUAAUUGGGAAUAAAAAAUAUAUUUUUGGGGAGAAAAUCAACUGCAAAGUUGGCAUUCGAGCUGCCCUGCUGAGCCAGCCAGCCCUGAGUGCGUGACGUAACAUCACAGCGGUAACCGGAUUUAAGGCCAAGGCCUUUGACAGCUAUAGACCAAAGCCAGACUCGGCAGGCGAGAGUGGUUGCAAUGGCCUUUUCGUUCGGAUUUAUUGGAGAUUCUUCGGAUUCCUCAGAUAGUAAUACAUCUGACUGUGAUAGUCCUGAAAUUGGAGUGUGUGUACAUGCUACUGCUAUACAUGUAGAACCAUAUCAGUUCGAACUAACAGAGACUCUGAUCGUAACAUGUCGGCCACAGAGGCCCCCACCUUACGAAAUAAAGCUAGAGAACAAAGCUGUCUAAAUUGAACUGACAGUCUCAUGUGACUCUCAUUAAAACAGGAUAGGUGUUAUAACUUAUGCAACAUGCAUGCAUUUUCACUGAUAAAACGUAAAAGGCUAAUUAAAUAAUCAGAUGAACUGAGACAAUCACAUUCUGAAGCAAAUUAAAUAAUCUUAUACCGGUAACUUAAACACACAAUACAAGUUACAUGUAUUAAUUUAAAUGCAGGGAAACAACGAGUGUUGUUGUGAUGUAACCAAACGAGAGUUGCAUCUUACCCGUCUGUGUUCUUGCUUCUUGAAGGCCGAUCUUGUCACCAAGGAGCCAGCACUCCUCAACAGAUCAGAGGUCUCAUACGAGUAUUCAGUAAAAUGAGCAGAGGAGAGACCACUUCGUAGGUGCCCAACGGGCCCAUGAAUUUCUCGCAAAACGAGUCCAAAUCUUUGCAGUUUGAACAUUUUUGGACCAUGAAUGCAACAUAAAUCCACCUUCUGUCGUGUUGCUGCACCCACCAGCAACACAUCUACGUGGCAUGACGAUAAAUUAGCUCAAAAUGGAGGAUCGGAGUUGCAGUCAGCUCUGUGUUUUAGUAUAGCGGAAAUGGCAAUGAGACUGAUAGCUUUACUGCGGUGACGUCACGGAUGCCAAGGUCAUUCACUCAGACCGCUACCUAUAUGAAUCAUUUUAAUCAUAAAAAUUACUAUAUUCGAUUUAUUGUUAACGCUUAAAACUAUUUCUAUGCCAUUCUUGAGGUCUCAAGGCGUUUAUAAACAAAAAGUGAGGCCAUGGCUCUGCGUAUCUCCUUUAAGUCAAAGUACAGAUCCCACUGAUUCACUUGUAUCGGAGAAACAUUUGAAGUUGUCCAGCCAAAUUUUUACUUAAGUCAAAGUACUGAAGUACUUGCUUUUAAAAAUACUUAAGUAUUAAAAGUACAUUUUCUGUCAAUGCAUUGUUGUAUUAUUGCCACAACACUUAGAAUACCGAAUUGCCUCUGAAGCAGCCUACUGGGUUUACUGACCAGCUUGUAGAACGUGUAGCACUGAAACUCCUCCUGACAUGCUAGCAAACUCUUUUCAAACUCAAAAUCAUAUUGGGUAGUUAAUGUUACUAAAAAAGAAAGAUGUCUACAUUCUGUUUAUUUGGUAAGAUUAUGCUAAAAUAUAUUUCUGAAAGGACUUUAGACAAAUUAACGUUAUUCAUGUUAGUGUAACUCCGUUUUUACAUGCUAACUAGCAGUGUUAAUGUUAGCCGUGGACAAGGCAAUGGCAACUUGGUGGGCAAAUCCAUUGAAAGUCGUUUGACUAGCCAGACUGCAUAGCUUUUGCAACAUUAUCGCUAGUUCUAAAAGCACAGACAACUUCAUUGCAAGCUUUCUCUUGAAAUAAAACGUUUACAUCCCUCAAUAUGCUUCCGCAGGUUGGACGGCGAGUUUUUGUAGGCCGUGAUGUGGUUCGUUUUUGGCAGACAAAGCAAACGUUUAAAACGAAACGAAUCUUUAAUCCUUUCAGAAAACUGAAACACGGGUCCUAGGUAUGGCCAUGGGUGCGUACAUUCCCUAGAAGAACCGCCUCCUUCUAUUCUGCCAUCAACUGAACAAACGUGUCAAAUAAUGCUGCGAAGAAAUCACUGAACUUGAUCUUGUACAGUCUAUGGAUGUGACGUGACCCUAGUGAUUACUGAUAGUCUGUCUCAGUGUCACCUGCGGAAAAAAACAAUCACAUUUUAGAAAAGAAAAGAAAAAACCAUCCACUUUCAAAGCUGCUUUAUAGUAACAAGUAACGAGGGCCUUGAUAGAAAUGUAGUGGAGUAAAAAGUACGAUAUUUGUCUUUCAAAUGUAGUGAAGUUAAAGUCAUAAGUUUCCAACAAAAAUAAUACUCAAAGUACAGAUACUCAAAGUGUACUUUACAGUACUCGAGUAAAUGUACUUCGUUACUGUCCACCUCUGAAAAGCAGCUGCUAUGUAUCGUUUUGAUUUGCAUGCAAUUUAACGUCUCAUCUCAUCUCAUUAUCUGUAGCCGCUUUAUCCUGUUCUACAGGGUCGCAGGCA